AUGAACGACAUCACUCUACGAAAAUUCGAGUGGGCAGACAUCGAGUACGUCACCCAACUGUUCACCAGCAUCAGCGGAGCGGGGGGCACAGAAAAAGAGGUCGACUCCGAGCUUGUGCGACAGACGCUUUCGCACCCGUCAGUGCGUCCUGAGGCCAACCUGACGCUCGCCCACUCCGGUGCCAAUCUCGUUGGCUACUAUCAGCUCUUCCCCGAAAUCCAAAUAAGUCGCGCGGUUAUCGCCGGCGGUGUGCUCGAACAGCACAGGGGAAAGGGAAUCGGCAGGCAACUGCUGAGCGCAGCAAUGGAGCAGAUCGAGGCCCUUAACGUAUCAGUGCUGCACAUCCAGACAUCCGCAGAUGCCACUGACGCCCGGCACAUACUGGAAUCCGAAGGUUUCGAGCAGGUGAAAGACUACUGGCAGAUGCGCUGGACGGGCGGCGACCUCCCAGAGUUGAAUCUGCGGUCCAACUUCAGCCUGAAGCCCUUCAGGCUGGGCGAGGACGAGGCGAUGCUGACCGAGCUCCAGAACUCCGCGUUCGGUCAACACUGGGGCUUCUGCCCAAACACAGUAGAGGAGACCGCCGCAAGGGUCCGAAUCGCUAACACCGAUCCAGACGGCAUCAUCUUCGUGAUGGACGGCGACAGGCCCGCAGGAUACAACUGGACGCUCAUGAACAAAAACCGGGGCAAUGGUCUGGGCACAGCCGUCGUCGUGACCGGAAUGGAGUAUCUCAGGCAGCAGGGCGUGGACGCAAUCGAACUGGAGGUGGAUUCCGAAAACACUCCAGCCCGCGAGUUGUACCUGAAGCUCGGUUAUCGACAGGCCGAUCACCGGAUACGCCGACGAGACCCGACUGUACCCGCCGCCAUUGAGGCAACCAACCGCCUCAACCCCGCGUUCGCGGUUAUCUGCGGCGACCUGGUCCACGACGCUGCCGACCAGUCGCAAAUCGACGAGCUUAUACGCAUCACGUCAACGCUGGACGGCGGUAUCCCGAUGCGCCUCGUCUCCGGCAAUCACGAUGUAGGAAAGGCUCCUACACCCGAUUCACUCGCGCUAUAUCGGCAGCGUUUCGGUCUGGACAACUACUCCUUCGACCACGGCGACUGCCACUUCGUUGUCAUCAACAGCUCGGUGGCAUUCGACCCCGUCAACGUUCCGGCGGAGUGGGACCGCAUCGUCCAGUUCAUGAUCGACGACCUCAGCGCCGCCAGAAGGCGAGGCGUACAGCACCUCGUACUGUUCACCCAUCACCCGCUGUUCCAGGAGCAUGCCGCUGAAGCGGACAGCAUGUGGACCGUCCCGAUCGAGCGACGCGACGUUAUCGUCAGGAUACUCAGGGACUUCGACGCGUCAGCGGUAUUUGCCGGACACCUGCACAAGAACGUCUAUGCCGACGAUGGUGGGCUGAUGAUGGUCACGACCGGCGCGGUGGGCUAUCCACUCGGCCCCGAUCCUUCAGGCAUCAGAAUCGUACACAUGCAAGAGGACGCGAUACGGCACCGGUACUACGGCAUGAACUCGGUCCCCGACUCUCUGCCGGGGCUGGGAAGCUCGGGCUAA